GCUAAUACAAAAGGUAUAACUGUCACAAUUUACAAUACUUAUUUGUAGUGAACAGAUUACGAAAGAGACACCGACCUCUCUUGCCGGCCAAAACUGAAGUUCCUGUUGCAUUUGGACGAUGGGGAAAGCCAGCAUGUUUAGAAGAUGCCAAAUUUGAUUUUCUAAUCUUAGAUGCUACUGUGAUAUCAACAAAUAAUGCAGCAAAAUUUCAUACUUUUGAAUUUAUGAUAGAUUCUGGGAGUGAUGUAGUGACAGUGAGAGAGGAAGUACUUAAGACCCUUGAUUUAGAACUAUUAGGACAGAUACAUAGUAAAGGGGUUCAUGGAUCUAAGAAAACAAACCUGUACAAAGCUACGCUUAGGAUUGGUACACAGGAAAUGGAGAUUGAGGUAAUGGGUGAGACCUACGAUUCUUUAGGGAGUCGUGUUGUUAGACAUUUCCGCCAUUACUUGGAUGGUAGCCGACAUGUUUGGUUGAAAGGAAAUUACCGGGAUCCAGGUACAAAUAUACGAGAGGCCUCAUCCGACCUAAAGGCAUUACUUCCCCCUGAAACAUCAUCCAAUAGUCCAUAUUCACCAAUAUCAAUAGCAGCCGUUACAGAAACAUCAUCAGACCAAACCAAAUUAUCUCCCCCUGAUACAUCAUCAAACAUAUCAUUCUUACCAAUAUCACGGGCACCAGUCACUGUCACAUCACCAGAGUGUUUAAGGAAACCCACUCCUUUACCUGCAAAGACAGUUUCUAUAGACAGUGAUCAUAGCAAGCUAGAAAUCUGUGAUAGUGAUGUGACGUUAUUAACAAAACAAGAUACUAUAGAAAUAAUAGGGGAAGAUAAUCCAUCUUGAUGAAUGUAAUUACUAGUGCUACAAACUAUCUGUGAUACAUUAUAGAAACUCUUAAAAUAUAGAUUUUUAUAAAAUAUUAAUACAUUUGCAGAAUAGUUUUUAAUGUGAGACAAAA